GACUCAAUCGGCGAUCGGCGUCAGUCGCGAGAGAGGGAGAAGAAGAAGAAGAGGAAGAAGACGAAGAAGAAGAAGAGAAGAAGGGAAAAGGAGAGUAAUUUCCGUAUUUGUUUCGAUUCUGAACUAAGGAAGAAGAGAAGGAUGUAGACGAAGAAAAUCGAGAAGUUUCGUCAGCGAUUAAUGAUAUUUUAGUUAAAAAUAAAAUGGGAAAACACGCUUUCCAAGGACCGAGAAUGGUGGGCCGUUGCAUAGCAGUGACGAAAACUCAGAGUGAUUGUGUCAUGUUGAAAGGAGCAGAAAAUUUCGCUUAAAAACUUGUGCUUUGUUUGCAAACUAUUGAAAAGGACACAAAACUCAGAUAAUGAAUUUGCCCUCUGACUGACAGAUUUUUCAACAAACUUAGCUGUUUCUUAAGAAGAAAUUUAUAAACAUAAACCAGCUGUACUUAGUGCCAGAAAAUUAUCCCUUGUCGACCAAAUACGAGCAUUAUUAUUCACAGGUCUUCAGCAUAUGUUGGAGAUAAACAACAGCGGUAACCAUGUGGUGGCCAAACGCCUUAUUACUUUGUGUGGCAGUAAUUCCAGUAACAGUGAAAUGUCACCCAGUGGAAUCCGACUUGCAAUCAGACCUCGAGGAAGGUUCGGUGACGUAUCCAGCAGAUUCGUCAGCAGAUGUAGCCACAGUCGCAGUACAGACACCAACUGUCUCUGAUGAUUCCCCAGAGAGUAUUACAUCUGGCUACCUCCCUAACAAUCACGUGCCCAAGAAUGUCCCUAUACCGACAACAUCGGCGGAAACAGGAUCAGCGUCCACUAGCGCUAACACCGACGUCCUAAGCCCCUUUGAGCCUUCGCCCUAUAGGAUCGAACACUCUCUGGGCUCCUCGCUGACCUCUUCACCUCCCAGGGAAGACAGCGGGGCGUCUGCACCUCGCCAGACGCUUUCUUCUCCUUCCCCUGUUAGGGGAGACCUUCCUCUGGAUCUUGACUCAGAAGAGAAUACGGAUGAGGAUAUAGAAUAUUAUUUUCUCGGUCCAACCCAGAGUAUGCUCUUUGGACCGCUGCCUGUUCUGCCGAACUCAACAGCAAUCCAUCAAGAUCUAGAAGAAGAAGAAGAAGAAGAAGAAGGAGGAGGAGGAGGAGAUUCUGUAGAUAGCAGUGGUCUACAGUUCGAGGAUCUGCCAGCAAGUUUACCCGUGGUCUCCCCUGACCGAAAGGAGAUAAUUGACGUUGGAAAUCUGUUAGAAGCCGAGCCAGAGUUCACAGACCUGGCCACAGAUGAGGAUAUAACUUCUUCCGUUACAGUAUCAGACGAGGAUAUAUCUUCUUCCGUUACAGUAUCAAAACCACUACCACCACCACCACCACCACCACCACCACCACCACCAACAGUCCAGCCGACAACGCCUUCUCCAACAACGGCGUCGGUGUCCCCACCCAACACGCUAGCCUUCGGAAGCCUGACCAAAUCAGGCGACGAGUCGGUCGGAAGCCAUCAAAACAAAUCUAGAGGGCAUGCCAACAGUUUUGUGGACUUUGCCAACCUGAUGCCCACGACGGAACUGCCCGAGGUGAUCACUGUCUUCACCUCCUCGCCCCUGCAGCUCCACGACAAGUGGACCUGGUUCUUCCUGAUUCUAAGGGGCGACUGCCACUUCGUCGACCUCAAGCACUCCUACAUCCUCUUCUACGACUUCGUGAAAUCCCUGUCCGCCCUCCUGCUCUACAACAGGGAGCACAUCAUCGUCGAUUCCAUGACCUGCUCCGGCAGGAGGAUGACGGUGAACAUGUCGAUCGACUCGCUCUAUUACCCGAACUGCGAGAAGGACCUGCGCACCCUCCUGUCGCACCGGAAUCUCAGGGUGGACCUCCACAACGCCUCCUUCUACAUCCACUCCUACGAGACUAAGCGGAGCCUCCUGUUCGAGACGAAGGAGGACCCCGGCGAGAAGAAGGACCCCUACGUCCUCUACAUGACGCUAGGGGGCGUCGGGAUAUCCCUCGUCUGCAUCAUCUUCGCCGGAGGGCUGUUCGCUAUGUACCAGUGCCUCAUCGUCAGGAAGAACAGAGCCAACCAGGCGGAUCUCUCGAGCAGGUACUACAGGGCCGAGUCGCCCCGGAGUCUCUGCCCGAAGUACGAGAUUGACCAGAGCCUGAGUUUCUCUGACCAGAGGACCUACAGCGUUAACAUGUACAAGAGUUACACCGACUUGACCGCCCCUGACCUCUACAGUCACCUGGGGUCGCCCAAUCAACAGGACCAGGAGAAGGAGAUGGGGCCAAACAGACCAACGAUUCUGACCAAGAUUCCCAAAGAGAAGAACAAGAAGAAUAAAAAGAAGAAGAAGAAGAAACCCAACAACCCCCCAGGCAUCUACGGCCUCAAUGACUGCGAGACCUACCAGGAGUUCUGGUCCGAGAGCAUCACCCAGACCAACGAGGACUUCAUGACCGUCCGCAAUCUGAACACGAUGACCUCCUCCUUCAAGACCAACGUCAAGGAAUCGGACAGCGACAGCCUCCACCCUCUGUUGAAGAAGAAGAAGAAGAAGAUGGCGGCCCCCAUGCCCUCCCCAAAGAAGUCCUCGAGGGUCAUAGAAGACUUCCCUCUUCCGCCACCUCCUCCUCCCCCUCCGACGACCUGCCCCUCGUCCCCCGUCAUCGCCAAGGGCGUCUUGGAGCGAAUGGACCAGCUGAUCAGCGACACGUAUUCCAACAGCGUCCCUGACGUCACGGCGUCGGCCGCCAACGGCUACUCGAGGUCGUUCUCCAACACGACCGUCAACAUCUCCAGCGCGUCCUCCUCUGCCUUCCCCGCCAGCAGCGUUCCAGGGAGUGCCUCCAAGAAGACCUCCACUACUACUACGACGACCACGACGUCCUCGAGCGAGAGGGCGGCGCCUUCCGUAGCGGACCACCAGAGGGCCCCGCCCCCUUCGACGAGUGCCUCUGCCGAUAAUCUGUGCCUGACGAGGAUCACGUUCAUGGAGAUGUGUGUUUGGCCACAGCAUUCCAACCCACAGUUAUCCCUAGAAGGAACGCACAGUAAGGAUCAUCUUCACCUGAAGUAUCCUUAGUACGACUUUCUGAACUCAGCUUAUAAUUCCAUGAAAUGAAAUUUCAGGCAAAUAUUUGCUGAGAAUUCGAGUGUAGGUGGUGUGGUUCUACCAGGGUUAUAUAAUUAAUCUUUUAGUUAUUAAGACAAACAUUUUUUUUUAGCUGAAAUUGCUCAAUUUUAACCCAGAUAAUUUAACAUUCCUUUGGGUGUUAAAAAUUCAUAACUUUCCAUCGCUAGAUACAUCAGUCUGCUGAAUGGUGAAAUAACAUGAUUCUUUAGUAACAGAUAAAGUAGUUUAACGAGUAAUCCAGGUCUAUUCUCUCUUAGUAUCAGAUUUGUCAGUCUAAUGAAGAUUUGAAUGGGGUGGUCAUUUUAGAAUCAUAGAUUUCAAAUUCACAUUUUUAGGUUAAAAUCGCGUCUCUCUACAAUAAUUUAUACCAUUCUACAAGAAAUCCUUAAGCUUUUUCAUUUGAAAUCCUAUUUCAGUAUAUUCAUUUUUACAAGUCUGCAAGAACUCUACAGUUUUUAAUUUUUUUUAUUAUUUUUUAUUUUUUUUUAAUUUCUGAAAAGAAAGCUAUUGAGAAGUCUUUGCCUGUCCGUCCGCACUUUUUUUUCUGUCUGCCCUCUGAUCUUAAAAUACUACCGUGGCUAGAGGGCUGCAAAUUGGUAUGUCGAUCAUCCACCUUUCAAUCAUUAAUCACACCAAAUUUCAGCCCUCUAGCCUCAGCAGUUUUGAUUUUAUUUAAGAUUAAAGUUUGCCACAAUCAUGUGUCUGACAACGUUAUAGGAGAGGCUAUACUGAACGCUGCAGUGAUAUACACAGCUAUACACGAGGGAUAUAGCAAGUUGGAAAAUCUCAGUCUAUAUACUUUAUAGCACAUUGAUAUGCUUGCGUGUACUGAAGCAGUGGGUGAUAUAAUGAGAUAUAACUGGGUUAUAUUAUGUGUUGAACUGUGGUCAUUUAUGUUGUAUGCUGUCUUAUACAUUCGUAAUUUUUCUCAGUAUUGUAUAAAGUCAUAGCUUAAUAUAUAACAAUGUCGAACAAUAUAUUUGUACUGAUUACUAGAUGUAUGUCUAUAUCAACGACAUAAAUGUAUGUGGUUUAUAAGGUAUCAUGAACACGUAGAAAUGUAUUGGAGUGGAAGAAAUAUGGAUUCUUGGAUAUUA